CGGCCGCUCGCCCCGCGCCCGACCGGCACGGCGGCAGCGCGCGUGCGCCGCGGGCGGGCCCUGGGACGCUUCCGCUUCCGGCCAGAGCGAGCGGGACGGGACGGGGCGGCGGGGCCCGGGCGGCGCUGCCCCACGGCCAGCCGCGUUCCUGUCUUCCAGGUGCGCGCCGGGAUGUCGCUCUCGCUGAAGAUGCUGCCCUGUAAGAAACGGAGAGCGGCGGCGGCGGGGCCGCAGAGCCCCCGGGAGCGCGGCGCCGCCGGGGAGGACGGGGAGCCGUCCGGCGCUGCCGGUUCCUCUUCGUCGGGCGCCGCUGAUGGCGGCGGCUCCUCCGCCAAGCCCCUGCCGGCCGCCCGAGCCGGCGCGCCGCUCGCCGCCGGCCCCGGGGUGUCGAGGGGGGCUGUGGAAGCGUCGCUGAAAGGCGGGAAACGGCCCCCGGGCAGGGCGGCCCCGGGCGCCGGCCAGGAGGCCACGACGGAUGUCUGCGCUGCCGCCCAGGUCCCCGAGGGCCGGGGGAGUCCCGAAGCGGUGGCGGAAGGUAAAUCCCUGCGCCGCCCGUCGGGGCUGGGCUUUGUGCUUCGUCCUCGCCGCGGCCGCGGUCUGGCCGCCGUCUGUGGAGCUCUGCGCUUCCCCGGGGCUGGCCGAGGGAGGAAACUUCUGCGUUGGGCGCUUCGGCUUCGCGGUGCCUCGUCCCCGAAGUCCCGCAGGGCGGCAGGCAGCCGGCGUGCACAGCUGGAGGCUUUCCUCCCUUACACGAAGUGA